AUGAUGGACCAAUUGCGAAUGACUCAAGCUUCGUUCUUGGACCCUAGGUUUAAGAAGAUGUAUUUGUCACCGAUGUCAGUAAAGGAUGAGAUUUUUGAAAUCACAAUUAAAAGCCAAAUGUUUACUCAAGAAAGAAGGAUUUCUGAUGUCGACAAACCAGAGGACUUGGACGAUUUCAUGAGCUCCUAUAAUAAAAACAUUGAUAGAGACUUGCGUAAUGAAUCCGAGAACAAUGAGCUUAAACUAUACUUUAGCUUGCCCCAAGCUGCAUGGAAAAGCAACCCAUUAGAGGUGUGGAAAGUCAGUAUGCCGGUCCUCUACAAGCUGGCUAUGAGAUACUUGGUUACCCCGGGUAGUUCGGUGCCUUCCGAGCGGCUGGCGUCCGCCAUCAAAUGCGUCGUAUGUUCUAAAAUCUAA